GCUUCUGUUAUUUCAACAGUGUCGGCUACAGUUUAAUUUUUUUAAUAUGUUCAGAACAAAGGUUGUCUUUGUAUUUAGAGCUUUCAAUAUGUCCUAUAAAAAGAAUUGGUCAGAAAACCACAGUUGGUCUGACAAACAAGAACGUGAUUUAAUGAAAAAGCACUAUAUGUUCGCACCAAGUUAUCUACAUUAUGACUACCUCUUCAAGAUAUUACUGAUAGGAGAUAGCGGAACGGGGAAGAGCUCGCUUCUUAUUCGUUUCUGUGAUGAUUAUUUCUCCAACACAUUCAUCAGUACGAUCGGCGUGGAUUUUAAAAUAAAAACUUUGGAAUUGGAUGGCAAGCUGAUAAAAUUACAAGUUUGGGACAGUGCGGGUCAAGAACGAUUCCGUACGCUAACUACGUCUUACUACCGAGGAGCUCAUGGUAUAAUAAUUGUGUAUGAUAUAAGCGAUCGAGCAAGCUUUGUCAAUGUCAGCAUGUGGCUGUCAGAAAUUGACAAAUACGCGAGUGACAACGUGCACAAAGUAUUGGUGGGGAAUAAAUCGGAUAAAGAGACUGAGAGAGAAGUUGAUUUUAAUUCAGCAAAAAUAAUGGCGGACAAGCUGGGGAUAGAUUUAAUCGAGUCAAGCGCCAAAAAUAACGACAAUGUCGAAGAAAUAUUCAAUGGACUUGUAAAAGAAUUAAAAACACAGUUGGGUGACAUUGAUGAAAAAUGCACGAGUCAGCUAAAAGGAGCCACGACACUUUGUGAAGGGAUUAAUGUCAUGGAAGAAAGAAUGUCAUGUUGUUGGUGAUGACGUCAUCAUGUCAUGAAAAGAAAAUGUCUAGUAUGUUGGAGAUGACAUCAUCGUGUCAUGAAAAGAAAAUGUCUACCGUUAGUGAAGACGUCAUCGUGUCAUGAAAGAGCGCUAGUAUGUUGGUGAUGACGUCAUCAUGCCACAAAAAUAAAAUGGCUAUUAUUGGUGAUGACGUUAUCGUGUCAUAAAAAGCGCUAGCAUGUUUGAGCAGGAGAGGCAAUGACGUCAUAAUCGGCGCAUGUUUAGAUCAUAGCAUUACAGAGGGUUAAAAUUAACAUGACCAAGAGAACCUUGCCCUCAUCGCCAACAGAUGUUGACGCAUUUUGAGAAAACCACAAAACAUUUCUUGUUAUUUAAUGAUUUAGAUUAUUCGCGAUAUUUUCAGUAUCACAUUUUUGUAAUUUUUUACAACUCUAGAGGUAUUGUAAAUAUUUUUUCUUUACGUUAA